AUGUCGCAGAAUUCGCACGGUCAUCACACACCACUCCCGCCUUUCCAUGCUCAUCCCCAGCAGAAUGCCCCGUCCAGUGCCGACCCGUCUGACCAUUCAGCGCCGUCCCAGAAGGUGUCUGCGUUUGUUUCCAAGCUCUACUCCAUGCUGAACGACCCGCAGCUGGGGCAUCUAAUCUGGUGGAGUCGAACUUAUCAAAACGACUACUCCACGUUUGCCCUGUUGCCGGGCGCAGAGUUCGCCAACUCUUUGACCCGCUAUUUCAAACACGGCAACGUGGCCUCCUUUGUUCGUCAACUACACAUGUACGGGUUCCACAAAGUUUGCGACAACAGCCCAACGCCUACUCCGCCAACAAACCCUAAUCUUUCAGACUCGGACCAAACAUCCAAAAUCCAGCAGCCCGUGUGGGAGUUCAGACACUCCUCGGGCCGCUUCAGAAAGGGAGACGAGUCGUCCUUGCCCUACAUCAAGCGACGGUCUUCGUCCGGACAGAAAUCGCUGCCUCCCAACGCAACGGAAUACGUUUCUUCCCAGAUCCUGCCCCCGCAACACCAAUACGAACAUUUCUACCCGCCGGUCGAGUAUCAUCAGCCACAUAUUUAUGUCCCCGUGCAAGACGUCCAGCAACAACAGCAAACAGCCUACGAGUACUCCGGCCAAUCAAUUCCGCCAUCCAUGCAGGACGUGGAACAUAAGCCAAGAAACUUGUCGGUCAAUAGCCACAUCAGCGAUAACACAGAGGUGUCGUUCCAGUCCUCCUCCAGAAACAGGUAUCCUUCUGUGUUUCUGGACCCGCUAGCACCGGCCCCUCUUCCGGCACCUUUCGCGUACCAAAACGCACACCAUCUUCAGCACUUCCCGCAUCACGACCAGCAAUACCCGCCGCUAGCGGCACAACAUCAUAUCCCAUUGUCGCAGAGACGCGCUGGAUCGUUUCCUAAUGUGUCCAAGCCCCUUCCCCAACAGGAAACCCGGCUCCCAAGAUCGAUUCCAACCGAGUUUGUGCCGCCGCCGCAGCACCCUCAUUCGCCCGUCCCGCAGGCCUCUGUCCAUCUCCACCAUCGCUUCGCAUCUCCUGUUUCCAAACCAAGCCCCUCGCAGCCUUUAGCGCCGCGCAUAAACACGCCAUCCUCGCAUCAGCGUAUUAUGCAGAUGCGUCCCUCAGUGUUCGAGCUGCAUCACAACCUCAACUCCAUCUCCUCUGCGUCCACCGUGGGCUCCAGCUCGAUCUUCAGUCGCACCUCCGUGGGCUCCUCCAUCGCCGGGCCCAGCUCCAGCCUUGCCUUCGCCAUGAACUCCCAGUCCGGCCAGUCCACCGUCGGCCGCAACUCCUCCAUCUCCGACCUCCUCAAUGCUGAGUCCCACUCCCAGCUGAAACAACUGGACCCUCCCAAGGGGGACAAACGGUCGUACGACUCCAACUCCGAGUCCGAUCCUGAUGACGAACUCGAGUCGAAAAAAAAGUCAAGACUCAGCUCCCAUGCUGAGCACUAA